AUGCCUUGCCCUUCUCCAUCCUCGACCAUCAUUUCCUCCACAGCGCCUGCCAUGGCAAGCUUUCAGGAUCUGCCCGUCGAGCUCGGAGUGGCGAUUAUGAAAUAUGUCGAUACCCCGCAGGAUAUUUCCGCCAUGAUUCGCGCCGAUCCUCGGUUGUUACACUGUUUUCUUGAUAACAGGAAGCAAGUGAUGACGCCGCAUACGACCAAGAUUAUGGAAGUUUGUGGAGGUCAUGUUUCAACUGCCUACUUACUCGCAGCUCGACUCCGCCAUGCUAAGAAAAAUCCCGCAUUCAAUGAUACUAGGCCACAGCAUCGCGAACAAAUCAUCAGCCCGAUUCUGCAGUCUUGUAUGCGCAGCCACAACACCCAUCACCAUGUGUCUCACCGGGCUUCACUCGCAACCAUCUGCGAACUCUCAACUCUUGCCAUCGAUGUUGGAUGGCUAACAACAAGCUAUAUCUUCCAGGCUCUGAAACAAAUAUUUGGAUAUUAUUUACAGCCAGCAGAUUGGCCUAGAGCCUCCCCGGAGGAGCGCCAGAGCUUCAUCAACGCAGCCUGUCGUUUCGAAGGCUAUGUCCAAGCUUUCUUUCACAUGGAGCAGCCGUUAUUUCCGAGGGAUGAGAGCAUUCGUCGACUCCUAUUUUCGCCGCGUCUAUGUGGUUCAGAGCCAAGAAACCGGAUUGACGAGAGACUAAGAUUCUAUUCAGUGGCCUAUUAUAUCUACGAUCAGCAUUGCACCAUGAUGAAGAAUAUAAACCGCCAUCUGAGUGCAAGCACGAAAGCCAUUAAUGGCAAGGACCAGGAUAACGGUGAAGUGGCGGACGACCGGCAAAAGUGGCGACUACAAAAUUGCGAACAGAUCGAGGUGAACAAAUAUGUGCACUACCUCACAUCAGAAGGGCUAGGUAUGCUUCUAUAUCUCCAGAGUAUGGCCCUUGAAGAUCAGUUACAGUUUGUGCUAUCGAGCUUUGAGAGCAUCUUGGACAGUCCACACCCCAAUGUUCUCAUGGUUCCUGGUAUUGAUCUCUAUGAGAUUGGAACGGUAGAGAAACAUAGAUGGAGCCCAUGGGUGGAUUGUGAGGACGUUUUUGAAAUAAACCCUGAGCAAUGGAAAGUGGCAGAAUCUUUCUGGGUUAUUGGGGGGCCUCAUUAUCGGUCUAUAUGGUAUUAG